AUGAAGAAUUUCUUAAAAUGAAUACAAUUAUCCUUAGUCUGCUUAUGAUAUGUUGCAGUUGGCGAAAUAGAAAUGAGGAUUAUUUUUGAGUGUCCUUACUAUGACAUUAAUAAGCAGCUGUCUAUUCUUGAGCAAGAAACUGACUAUGAUCGCCAAACUAAAAUUUUUGACGCAUAUAUAAAGAGGUUCAUAGAUGGAGAGGAUCUUUUUGAUAGAAUUCUAAGCGUUAUUCCUACAAAUGAAGUAGAGAGGCUUUAUAAAUAUAGGGAAAAAGCCAUCAAAGUAUUCCAAACUUCAGCUGUUUGGAUUCCUGAAAGGCAAUUGUUCCUUGCAUCAGUGAGAGUUUGGGUAUUUGAAUAUAUAUGCUAUAUAUAUACAACCUUUUUUGAUGAAAACUGAAAAGAAGUCAAAGAAGAAGUGAUGAUAGGCGCCACGAAAGUUCCUUCUUUACUUAAUAUUCCAAAUGACUGGAGCAUUGCAAACUCUGGACCUGAAGAUGGAAGAGUCUUUAGGGCAUUUUCAGACCAGUUUUUCAUUAUCUUUAACAUGAAAAGGAAAGAGCCGCCAGCAAGGCCUAUAUACUUGUAUAGCUUUACCACUGGCAAAUUUAAUCAACUGAGAAUCCCUGAGCAUGAUGGUAAAACUGUACUGAUUGAAAAAAAUUGGUCACCUCUGAUAAUCGAUGAUAAUCACUUGUACUUUAUUUAUAACUUUGAAAAUUUCCAAGUUGUUGACUGCACAGAAGAGGGUAGCUGUACCAGGAUCACAGGAAGUUAUAAAAGAGAGCCUGGGAUCUUAAGAGGUGGGACAGCAUUUCAGAAAUACAAGGACACUGAUUAUUAUUUAUCCCUAAGCUUCACUCAUUUAGAAUAUAUCAAAAGUGGCUGAUGUAAGCUUUACAGGCCAGCACUAUCACUAGUUAAGGCAAAUGGCAAUGAUGAGGAUUUCAGAUUAAUUUAUACAAGUGAGCCAAUCGAUUUUAGAGACAGAAUCAUCAUGUACCCUAUGACUAAGUACAAAUCACAAAGCGAGAAAGUAUUUUGUGGAAGUGGUGCAUGGCUGAUUCCAAAUUCAAUAGCCAGAAUAGAUGAAAAAAGUGAUAUAUCUGACAUAACCUUUAGCCUUGGCGACGAGUUCCAGCUUGUUGUCAAAGUUAAAGGAAUAUAUAAGUUUGUUGGAGAAAUCAUUGCAGAUUAUGAGAAAGGAAUUCUUCCAGCAGAAACUAAAUGUGCAGAGAGGUUUGCAUAUGACUAUUAUAACCAAAGAGAUUUAAUCAGUCCAAUAAAAGGGCUUGAAGAAAAGGAUUUUGAAAAGAACGUGAAAAGUGUUGUUGAGGUAAAACCACAAUGCGAGCAUAUGAAUUAUUUUGACCAGGAAACCAAUAAAUGUGAAAGUAAUUUCUAUUUAGGAUGUUUUAAUCUCUGCGCUAAAUGUGAAAUUUAUGACUACUGCACCGAAUGCAAAGACCCAAAUGCAGUUCCCAAUGGAGGCUACUGCUUCUGCAAAGAUGGUUUUUACAUGGAUCCAGUAGCAAAUUCUUGCAAAUGUAUUUUCUAUUUAGCUUGCUCUCAAAGUUGUUCUAUCUGCUCUUCUCAUGAUGACUGCUUAAAAUGCAAGUCUCCUAACUCAGUUGUUGAUAACGGCUCCUGUAAGUGCCUCGAAGGCUUUAUAGAAGUUUUUAACUCGCAAACCAAAACAUACUCUUGUGAGGAUAUUACAAAAAUAGAUGCUGAAAAAAUGUUUGGAUGCUACCGUAGUCACACAGAAAUCGACAGGCAGGAAUACACGCUAUUUGAUUCAAAACUUGGCUAUUAUAUAAGCCCUGAUAAAAAUUCCUUAUCAAUGGUUUUAUCAGGCAUAAGUCCAGGAAACGAAAUGGCUGACCAGGAAAUAAAAUAUUGUGAAUUUGACAUGAGCAAAGAAAAGGUCCAGAAACUCGAAACAAGUAUUGUUAGAGAUGGGUAUAUUAUAGAACUGCAAGUGAAAGCAACAAAACUCUAG